UGAAAUCUAUUUGUUUCCCGUGUAAGUAAUGUUUAUGCGUGUAAACGAAAUUAAUAUGGAUGAAAGGAAAGAAAGAGAUCAUUGGAAUUGUAUAUUUCACUUCCUUCUCGUCGAACGAAAUGCAUUCGCAUAGUUGUCUCACAGUUACAUAACGCCAUUCAACAUCCUGUUCAGACAGAUUUUAGAUUCAAGAUCGAUCGAUUGAUUUUCCCGAUGAGAAAAAUCGUUCCAGACGUAAACAAAGUCUGCCGUCCCAAAUAAAUGUGACAGCACAGAAAAAAUUUAGCAAAGAUGAAGAUCGGCUCUCUACACGCAAUAAUAUACAUACAUCUAUCUCUUCAUAACAUCAGAACGAAAAAGAUAAUGAAAAAAAAUGUGUACAAUUAUCCUUUAAAAGUUGAUUAUUUUCUCUUCUAUCAGUGUGCUCUCCAUCGGCAAUAACAGACAAUUUACGAUUCUGACGAUAAACGUUUAAUUUAUAUGAGCGAACUUGCAUCGACGGCACCAAGAACCGCAGAUCUUUCAGACGGAGAAAACGAAGAGUGGCAUUUUUCUGUCGAUGCACGUGCGUAAUCCACCUUCUUGUCGGGUGUUCCCGCAUGCUUCCCGAAGCAUCCGAAAGCACCAUGCUGGUUAUGUCAUGCCGACCAGCCGGUCGCCUGGUGAAAAACGAAACUUCGCUCUCCGUCCACGUACCCCGUGAUGUACGAAAAGUGAAUUUACCGUCGACUCCCCAAUUCCGGCCGGGGCGUCCCAUCGCAAGUACACUCGAGUACAUACGAAUAAUACCGGGAACAGCUGCAGACAGAAUCGUUUCUUGAGCGCGGCUGCGAGUAGCACACCGCUUCCUUCGCCACCAGAAAACCCGAUGGCACCUUAAGCAGAGAAGUCAAGGGCAAGAAGCGUCCCUUGGUUCGCUACGGGCCCUAUCGGCGAUUCUCUCUCCCCUCUUCUUCUCCACCCGCCCCUACCACCUACGUAGAUUACACCUCGCUCCACCGCCUUCGGGGUUCUUUUCCUUUUCCCCUUCCCUGAGCGUUCUGCGCGAUCAUCCCUCCGCUUCUCUUUAACAUUUCUCUUUCUACCGAGUGAGUAUGUCUCCUCAGGUUUUCUUGAAAUUCGUCUCCGAGGCAGAGGGGUUACAGCUCCCGCGAUCCGUACGAGAAUGUCACCUCCUCCUCCUCCUCCUCCUCUUUCUUCUCUUCCUCCACCGCCACCUCCUUUUCCUCCUCCUUCUUCUCUUCCUCCCUCCAGCUGCCCACCUCGUCUCAACACGAAUCCAUAUGUAUGGGGUUGAGGCGCACAGUGCUCGACGCAAAUGUGCUGACUACAUUAUGUCGGGCUAUAUAAGAUAGCCGGACAACCAUCCUAUCCCCACAGACCGAGCCAGAUCGGCGGACCGUUCACAGACGGGCCAGGAGGAGCUUGCGUCCCGUUUUGCCGACGCUCAUUCGACACACGGUUGAGAGAUCACGUACAAGGCUCUUUCGGGGGCGAGUCGACGCAGUGUACUCUUGUUGACACUUCUGCAAAAGUGGGCGAGAGACCGUUCGGAGUCGUUAAAAUCGAGGAAUCGUCUCAGCGAGGAUAACAGAACCAGCCCGAUCAUCAAAAUUCACGUGUUCCGAUUCGAGAAAAGAAUCACAACUCAAACCGUGUCUUGAUAGCAAAAACGCUAACGGAUUUUUUCGCAUCGUCACAAAGAGAGAAAGAAAGUGGCGAAGAGGAAGCAGAAAAUUGCCCUUAGUGAAGAAAUUUGUGAUUGUGCCGAAAAAUGAUUUCUAUUAGCGCCACAACGUCCAUUCUGCUCGGCGUCACUCUGGUGGCCUUGAUCUUGAUCCUGGUGGAUUAUAUGAGAUCGAAGACGCCGAAGAAGUUGUACGACGGCGAAGAGGCGUCCGCUCUGUUGGACCCACCUGGACCGAAGCCGUGGCCGAUUCUCGGCUCUCUUCAUAUUUUUGGACGCUACGAUCUGCCUUACAAAGCCUUCGGCGAUCUUGUCAAGCUUUACGACAGCCAGAUAAUCAAGCUUCGGCUGGGAUCUCUGCCUUGCGUCGUUAUCAACGGAUUGGAGAACAUCAAGGAGGUCUUGGUCGCCAAGGGCCAUCACUUCGACUCCAGGCCAAACUUUAUCAGAUAUCAUCUUCUCUUUUCCGGCAACAAGGAGAAUUCUCUGGCGUUCUGCAACUGGUCGGAUAUUCAAAAGACACGAAGGGAGAUGUUGCGACCGCACACUUUUCCGCGCGCCUUUACCGCACGAUACAAUCAGCUGAACGUUAUCAUCGGCGGCGAGAUGGAAUUGCUGAUCGAUCAACUAGUCAGCGUCUCCGGCGUCAGCCUGCACGCCAAGCCGUUGAUCAUGCACACAUGUGCGAACGUCUUUCUCAAGUACUUUUGCUCACAGCGCUUCGGUCUCGGGCACGGUCCUUUUCGUACGAUGAUUGAGAAUUUCGAUAAAGUGUUUUACGAGGUAAAUCAGGGUUACGCCGCGGACUUCAUGCCGUUCUUGAUGCCGCUGCACCAGAGAAAUAUGACGAAGAUGGCCAAUUGGAGCCACGAGAUCAGGAAGUUUGUGGAGGAAAAUAUUAUCGGAGAUCGCUUGACCAGCUGGAAGUCGGUCAUACCUGAAGAGGAUUUAAUAGAUUGUUUGAUAAAUCACAUCCAGACCGGCGCCGAGCCAAAGAUAACCUGGGACACGGCACUGUUCGCGCUGGAAGACAUAAUCGGAGGCCACUCGGCGGUCGGCAAUCUUCUUAUCAAGAUUCUGGGAUACCUGGUCACCCGGCCGCACGUACAGAAAACGGCGCAGAAGGAAAUCGAUGGUGUCGAGACUUCAAGCAGGUUCGUCGGCCUGGAGAACAGGGGAAACAUGCCGUACACGGAAGCCAUUAUUCUUGAAGCUAUCAGGCUGAUCGCCAGUCCGAUCGUACCGCACGUGGCCAACCAGGAUAGCUCCAUAGCCGGCUAUAAAAUCGAGAAGGACACAUUCAUCUUCUUGAACAAUUACGAUCUAAACAUGUCGAACAAGCUAUGGACUUCCCCUGAAGAGUUCAUGCCACAGAGAUUCGUGCAGAACGGCAGGCUUCUGAAGCCGGAGCACUUCCUGCCGUUCGGUGGCGGCCGGAGGUCCUGCAUGGGCUACAAAAUGGUCCAGUACAUCAGCUUCUCGACAAUAGCCACCUUACUGAAGAACUUCAACAUAGUGCCAGUGGAGAAGGAGAUCUACAAAAUUCCCAUUGGCAAUUUGGCGCUUCCGGAGAAAACUUUUAAUUUUCGUUUCGAGAGACGGUAGGAUAAGAAGCGCCAUAAUUAUUAUAACGAAUGAAUCCGGUCGGAUCAACGAAAUCGGAAUGCGAUUUCUCGUCGAAUGGUCGUUCGCAUUCGACAUUUGAUUCGAUCACGAUCUGGGCUCUGAAAAUUUCGUCGAUCAACGAUCGAAGAGACUGAGAUCGUCGUGAAAUAUUUUAUAGAAUAUUGAAAAGACGGUUUCGAUAUCUUUAGGUCUACACUCGAUGGUAAUAGAGCAAGCGUUUUGCAGGUCGGUGGGAUUUUUUUACUAAUAUUACGCGUGACGAAGGACUAGUAGCUAAAAAGAGGCUUUUGACUCCGACGAAGCUUUACUGACGCUAGGGAAGAUUAGACACGGGAACGAGAUAUUCGAUCCCCGGCGCAACAGAGCUUUACUGACAUUACUAGAUCGUUAAGAUAGCUAAUUGAACGUUCCUUGACUCAUGCUUUCGGCGCAGAUACGCGCGGAGCCCAGUUUCGUUAGUUUCAAUUUUCGUUAUACAUUUUGUUAAUUAUAUCUUUAUAUUUUGACUUACAUGUUGCGGAGUGCUGGAUUUAAUCGAGUCAUUCGAUUUAAUUUUGAUCUGAAUUUUUAUUUUUAGAUUGUAGCUGGCUGAUUUAAGGUGGCUGAAUUUGUGCUUUCAUUAUGAGAAUUUAAUCUUGUUGUACAUACAUAUUUUUUUAUUAAGAGAAUUUUAAUUUUUGUUCGACAUUUAGCACAUUGAAAACUACAGCGAUGAAUUGUUACGAGCGGUGCCACGAUAAUUUACGAUAUCCUUGCUGAAUCAGAUAAGUGAUCAUUAAGCCUUUAUCACGAAUGAAAAUUGUUUUGCGAAUAUUGUCACGCUUCGCCUUUCAUUUGGCGACUGUUCGUUCGAAAGAUGACACCUUAUACAUUGUCAUAUUGACAAAAAGGAUUUCUUAUUAGGCAUUGCCAGGGCAAAGUGCGGAUGAUUCAUGCGCUUAAUUCAUGAUUACACGUCGGUUUAAUUGAUAUACGCGGUCUCAUGGGAAAUUGCUUACAUCGUCCCGCUUAAAUUACGAAUGUGCGAAUUUUCCAAUUUUUCACUAAUGUCAUUUUCUUAUUCAAUUUGGACAAAGAUUCUAUGCCAGAGACGCGAAUGCGAUAGCAAUAGUAAAUCAGUGCUUGAAUAAUCUGAAUAAAUUACAAGAAUAAAACAAGAACCAGAUUUUUCGGAACAAAUUAAAUUUUCAAAUAGCAAUAAUUCUAAAUUACAAAAUUGCACAUUCGUGAUUUUGGCAUAAGAGCGACGAUAUAUAAACGGAUUAUAACGUCUUUCGACGAUAUCUAACUUCCAUUUCGUUUAUUUUUCCAAUCCUUUUUAUUUAAAUCUCUUUCACUUAUAAAUUUCCUUAUUCCUUCCGCUCAUGUCUUUCUUGGUCUCCCUCUCUUUUUUUUGUUUCCUUGGAAAAUUUUUUGAAGACUUUUUUUGGAAGUCUAUCAUUGUUCAUUAUCUUUACGUACCAAAUCAGUUGUUUCCUCUCAAUGUCCUCGUCUAUGAUUCCUUCUAUACCUAUUCUUCUUUUCACCUCUUUGUUUUCUUCUCUCUCUAAGCUUGAUAUGCAAUCCGUCUCGUGGCAUCCAUUUUUUGUAGUUUUUUUUUUAUGCUUUCGGUCAUUCUCCAUGUCUCUGAUCCAUACAGUAGGCUUAGUUGAUGCAUAAAGAUAAUCGAGGAAGAAGAAGACUGAAGUUAAAUAAUAGUUCCUUCGAGUUUAAAGGUGUAUAUGUAUACAACGUUUGCAUUGCACAUUUAUAUUAUACGCUACAAAAUUCUUCUGCAAAAAUUGGAUUUUGCACAGAAUUUUAUCCUUACACUUUUCAACUCGGAGGCUUAAGAUUUUAUUUUUAUUCUUACAAUACAAAAACGCGAGGUUUACGUAGUUUGAUUAUAUAAAAUGUGCGUUUUUUUAUAUACGUCGUAUUUUUAUUUCUUUUUGUUUCAUGUACUGAACAAAAUACUUAGACUUAUUAAAUUAUCGCGCACGUACCUCGCCAUCUUCGUCAAUUGAAAUUCUACGACGCGAAGUGGUGCGAAAUAAUUUUUAGGAGCACGGGAACAGAAAAGGAGAAAAGGAGAAAAUCUGAAAGACCACAUCAAAGUGAUAGGAGAAAAUUUGAUGUUGUUUGAAACGUCAGAGUUCCCUUUUAGCAGAAGAUAUUUCUCUUCCCGUACCACCUCGCAGAUAAUAAUUUAUUUUAAUUAUCGAGCGUCUAUUUUAACAUUUAUUAUUAUGUUAUUAUUACAUAUUACAUCUAAUCUAUAUUAUUAUUAUCGCUUAUUAUUAUUAUCAUAAUCAUGAUAAUCGUUGUCCUGUCUUUUCCCGUCUCGUUUCUCAACCGAAACCCCACUAUAUUCCACGCUUUCACAUUUCGUAGAUUAUAUAUUAUAUUAUGUUUGUUAUUUAAUUAUCGUGAUUGUUACGCCAUUUGUUAAUUUAUUAUUUAAGAUUUUAAUAAUAAAAUAGAGAAGCAAUGAGACAAUGCAUACAUAAGUAUAUACGUAUUUACACACAUCACCAUAUAAUACAUAUUUUUAUUACAGCUUAAAUAUAUAAAUCGCAAAAUUAAGUGUAUACCAAUUUAUCGAUCAGUCACGUAAAUGUUUUGUGAUGGCAGAUUUCAAGUUUUACAAUCGAUUGCUCAAAAACCGUAUUAAUUCCCGCGAAGAACAUUUCGCGCAAAAAGAAGUAACUUUUUGCGAGCAAUCGUUAAAAAGCGAUAUUUAAUCGCGACAAAAUUUUUGAUUAUUAUCACAGUAUGAGAACUCGUUAAAUCGCUCAUCGACUUAAAUAAAAGGCGUGCAUUUGACGCGCGAAUGAAUUUUUUUUCUUUAUGUCAUUAUCGGUCGACCCUCGAUUGUUAUCACUAUGUCAACCUGUCGGUCUUAUCGCGAAUUAAUCGUAUUUACUGUCUACCUAUCUGCAAAAAA